CCAUCUCCAUCUGCAUUUCCCUUUCUCUCUCUCCUUCUUUCUGCCAUUCCUCACGUCUCUUGGGGGGGCCCUGCUCUGUAGCAAUGUCCAUGGCCAAGUUCGUCGCUGUCAUGCUUUUAACUCCCCUCUCAUUCUCCAUCCUCCAAUCAACGGAUUUGGCAGCACAUGGUCAUGGCAGUCACCACUAUAACAUGAAUGCCCAUCACAAUGCACGAGGAGGUGCAGCCAGACGCAGUACCAUAAGCCAUGCAUGUUCUUCUGUGAGAAGUGCUGCAGGAAGUGCCUGUGCGUGCCCCCGGGGUAUUAUGGGAACAAAGCUGUAUGCCCUUGCUACGACAACUGGAAGACCAAGCGAGGAGGACCCAAAUGUCCUUGAGCUAGCUAGGCUAGUACCAUAUCUUAAUUAUAUAUAUAGCACUGCAGUGCUUUCCUUUUUCCCCUGAAUGAGAGUGGCUGAUCACCCACCCAAGUAAUUAACUACUGUGGCAUCUGUCUGCUGCCUUCAAUAGUAUUUAUAUUUUAUAUAUUG